AGUCUAGAAAUAAAAUUAGAGUCUUUACAGGGUUGUUGAAUAUAUUCAAGCCUAAAUUAUUAUUUUUGCUCAUCAAUUUUGACUUUUGAUCAAUACCCUUUAAUUGUUUUUCCUUCAAGUUUUUAGUUGAAUCAACAAGUGAUUGAACAGAUUGCAGCUAUGGCUACCAGCGGGAACAAGAAUAUCAAUGCAAAAUUGGUGCUUCUGGGAGAUGUUGGAACCGGAAAAUCAAGCCUGGUUUUGCGGUUUGUAAAAGGGCAAUUCAUUGAAUUUCAGGAAUCAACAAUAGGCGCUGCAUUUUUCUCGCAAACAGUGGCUGUUAACGAGGCAACUGUAAAAUUUGAAAUAUGGGAUACUGCUGGUCAAGAGAGAUAUCAUAGCUUAGCUCCAAUGUACUAUAGAGGAGCUGCAGCUGCAAUUGUCGUGUAUGAUUUAACAAACCAGGCCUCAUUUGAUCGGGCAAAAAAAUGGGUUCAAGAGCUUCUGUCUCAAGGCAACUCAGACAUGGUUAUGGCACUUGCUGGAAAUAAAGCUGAUUUGUUAGAUGCAAAGGUGGUGGCAACAGAGGAAGCACAAAGAUACGCACAAGAAAAUGGUCUCUUCUUCAUGGAAACGUCUGCAAAAGCUGCUACCAAUGUCAAUGACAUAUUUUAUGAGAUUGCAAAGCGACUACCUCGCCUGCAGCCUGCACCAAAGCCAUCAGGAAUGGUUCUUACCGAUAAACCUGCAGGGCCAGCAGCUUCUACUUGUUGCUCUUAAAGCAUAUAGUUCUUAUUAAUUAUCAAAGUGCGAGACACCACUGUAUGUUCUCGUUGACAAUAUACUCCAGCAUCCUUGAUCUGGAGCCUGUGCAGAACUGUUGUUUAGCUUCUUAUUUUUUUCCCUUCCCCAAGCAAUGACGUGACAGUGAGAGUCUUUUCAUGUAAUGAAAUUGUUUUACAUAAUUGAUCUCCGUUUUGUUAGUUGA